GAACAUGUAAUAAAAGAAGAAGAAAAAGGAGGCGGAGGGACGUAUUUCAAAUCCGUGGCUGUUGAUGAAACCAGUUUUCUAAGUGUUUUACAGGUUGUCUUUCUCCUUAUCGCCAUUAACAUCGCUGCGUGGGAGAAAGCAAUGUCUUCAAAAAUUCCAAGAGCAACAGAGGUAAAAGCUGCUCAGAAAACAGACAUGAAUCAUAAAAAUUCAAAGGAAAAUGUACCGAGGAAAACUGUUGCUCCUAAAGCUCAAAAAACGAUCUCAACCAGAUAUGGGCAACACGUAGAACUGAAGGAGCAAAAUCAGAACUUGGUUGCUACAAAUGAGGAGCUGCAGAAAAACCUGUCAGAGAAGCAGCAAAGGGUUGCUGAGUUGGAGCUGCAACUUGACGAGCUUCAGAAGGAGAAAGGAGAGUUUCAGAAAAACCUCCACGACUGUCACACUCUUCUAGUUUCUGCCAAAAUAGACCCAGUUUUAGGGGAAAUGGUUAGAGAUGCAGCGAGACAGAAAGAAGAUGAAAGGGAAGAGGUUAUGAGUGUUUCCAGUGACCUUCUGAAGACGUUAAAGGCCUUCGGGGACAAAACAUCACAGCUGCGUUCUCAGCUAGAGGAAAUCCAAGCAACGGUGGAGGACAUCACUGAAGCACGAGAACUUAUGAAACGAGAAAGGGAGAACUUCUCUCAGGAGGCUACUAAAAUGGAGAUGGCUCUUAAAGAGGCAGAGGAACUCUUAUUGUAAUAUAAUAAAACUAUCAUUAAUCGACAAAGAA